AUGGGAACUGACGCUACACCGCGCAGACAGAAAAAGGAUAUCAGCUGGGAGCGUCCUCCGCAAGGCUGGGUUGCUCUGAACUCGGAUGGAUCAGUGAUCAAUGGCCAGGCAACAGCGGGAGGGGUUAUAAGGGACGAGACUGGGCGACUAGUCAGAGCAUUUUCGAUGAAGUUAGGCGAGGCAUCCAUUACGAGAGUGGAACUAGAGGGAUUGGUGAAGGGAUUACAAGUUGUGUGGAACGAGGGGUUCAGACGCGUCAUGGUACAAACAGACUCGCAGACUGCCAUCAAGCUCAUUAAGGAAUCCGAUAAUCGGCAUCCCCAUUUCCGCUUGGUGCAAGAAGCACGUCGUUUGCUGGCACUCAAUUGGCAGGUCCAGCUGCUACAUAUCUACAGAGAGGGCAACUUUUUUGCCGAUUACUUGGCCUCGGUAGGCCAUCAACUCCAACAGAGAUUCCAUUUCCUUGAGGCGCCGGACCCAAUGUUAAAUUACUGGCUGUACUUCAAUUUGAUUGGGGUGGAAACAUCCCGUUUGGUUACUUGUUGA